UAUUAACCGCCUCGGCGAGGUUGCACCGACGGAGAGAAGAGAGACGCGGAACUCGCUUGCUGCUCCCCUUUCCUCUGCAACACGCUGGACACUGUUAGGCUCCCGGCCGACGAAGCGGGAUCCGCUGCUUCGCGCUCUGGGUGAAAAUUGAUUUGAAGGGGGAAAACAGGGAGCUGGAAGGGGGAGACCCGGGAGGUGUCACCCUUGGGUCUGAGAGGUGGAGGAUGAACGGAGAAGCAGAUAGUCCAACCAAUUUAGAAAUGACGGCCCCGAAAAAUCAAGACCGUUGGACCCAGGAAGACAUGUUGACCCUCUUGGAGUGCAUGAAAAAUAAUCUGCCCUCCAAUGACGGCAGCAAAUUCAAAACCACAGAAUCCCAUUUGGAUUGGGAUAAAGUGGCCUUCAAGGACUUCUCUGGUGAUAUGUGCAAGAUUAAAUGGAUUGAGAUCUCCAAUGAGGUGAGAAAGUUCCGGACCUUGACAGAAUUGAUAAUGGAUGCUGAAGAACAUGUGAAAAACCCUUACAAAGGCAAAAAACUGAAGAAGCAUCCUGACUUUCCCAAAAAACCUUUGACUCCGUAUUUCCGUUUCUUCAUGGAAAAGCGAGCAAAAUAUGCUAAGCUACAUCCAGAGAUGAGCAACUUGGAUCUAACCAAAAUUCUCUCAAAAAAAUAUAAGGAACUCCCCGAAAAGAAAAAGAUGAAGUAUAUUCAGGAUUUCCAACGAGAGAAACAAGAUUUUGAGCGGAAUCUGGCAAGAUUUAGGGAAGACCAUCCUGACCUCAUUCAGAAUGCCAAGAAAUCCGAUAUCCCAGAAAAGCCCAAGACCCCCCAACAGCUCUGGUAUACUCAUGAGAAGAAGAUCUACUUGAAAGUCCGACCUGAUGCCACCACGAAGGAGGUGAAGGAAGCGUUGGGCAAGCAAUGGUCUCAGCUCUCGGACAAAAAAAGGCUGAAAUGGAUUCAUAAGGCUCUGGAGCAGCGGAAGGAGUAUGAGGAAAUGAUGCGGGAUUACAUACAGAAGCAUCCAGAGAUGAACAUUGAGGAGGGGGCACCACAACGGUCCACACUAACAAAAGCAGAGAGGCAAUUGAAGGACAAGUUUGAUGGGCGACCCACCAAGCCCCCUCCAAAUAGUUAUUCGCUGUAUUGUGCUGAGCUGAUGGCAAACAUGAAAGAUGUCCCAAGCACAGAACGGAUGGUACUCUGCAGUCAGCAGUGGAAACUUCUCUCCCAAAAGGAAAAGGAUGCCUACCACAAAAAGUGUGAUCAGAGAAAAAAAGAUUAUGAAAUUGAGCUUUUGCGUUUCCUGGAGAGCCUGCCUGAAGAAGAACAACAGAGGGUUUUGGGAGAGGAAAAAAUGCUGGGAAUAAAUAAGAAAGGUGCCACCAGCCCUGCCUCUAAGAAGUCAUCACCAGACGCCAGCAAGGGAGGUUCUGAGAAACCCAAACGGCCCGUUUCUGCUAUGUUUAUCUUCUCGGAGGAGAAACGCAAGCAGCUGCAGGAGGAGCGACCCGAACUGUCGGAGAGUGAACUGGCCCGGUUGCUGGCGCGGAUGUGGAAUGAUCUUUCAGAGAAAAAAAAGGCCAAAUAUAAAGCUCGGGAGGCUGCCCUAAAAGCUCAGACAGAGAAAAAACAUGGUUCUGACAAGGAAGAUCGUGGUAAACUUCCUGAGUCACCCAAGACUUCUGAGGAGAUCUGGCAACAAAGCGUUAUAGGAGAUUAUCUUGCCCGCUUUAAGAAUGACAGGGGAAAAGCACUAAAAGCCAUGGAGGCUACCUGGAAUAAUAUGGAGAAAAAAGAAAAACUUAUGUGGAUUAAGAAAGCAGCGGAAGAUCAAAAACGAUAUGAGCGAGAACUGAGUGAGAUGAGGGCACCACCAUGUUCAACAAAUGCCUCCAAGAAGAUGAAAUUCCAGGGUGAACCAAAGAAACCCCCCAUGAAUGGAUAUCAGAAAUUUUCUCAGGAGCUACUUUCAAACGGUGAACUCAAUCAUCUUCCUCUAAAAGAGCGAAUGGUAGAGAUUGGGAGCCGCUGGCAGCGGAUCUCUCAGAGCCAAAAGGAUCAGUACAAAAAGUUGGCUGAAGAACAGCAAAAACAAUACAAAGUGCACCUGGACAUGUGGCUGAAGACCUUGUCACCGCAAGAGAGAGCUGCCUACAAAGAGCAUACCUCCAGUAAACGUAAGAAUAUGGGGAAGAUGCGUGGCCCAAAUCCAAAAAUAAAACCUUCAAUGCCGUCCAAAUCAGAAUCUGAGGAAGAGGAUGAAGACGACGAUGAGGAAGAGGAGGAGGAAGAGGAAGAGGAUGAUGAUGAUGAGAACGGUGAUUCUUCUGAGGAGGGAGGAGACUCUUCAGAUUCAAGUAGUGAUGAGGAGAGUGAAGAUGGGGAAGAGAAUGAAGAAGAGGAUGAUGAAGAGGAUGACGAUGACGAUGAGGACAAUGAAUCAGAAGGCAGCAGCAGUUCCUCAUCCUCUUCAGGAGACUCUUCUGAUUCGGACUCUAACUGAAUUGUCUUCCAUCUUCCACCCUCCUUGCUAUACUUUAUUCGGUUUUGUUUUUCCGGAUAAUAGUAACAUUGCAGCUGUAGAGCUGGGAUGGGGAAGAAUCAGAGGGGGGGAGGGAAUCACUGUGGUUUAAUUCACUUCCUUUCUUCACAAUCCUCACAUUGCAUUAAUGAUGUGUGACUGUGUGAGAGGAACAAAGGGCAGGGUACACAAUAGCUGACAAACAGCAGAGGGGUGUACUUUUCCCUUUUUUGUGGGUGAUGAUAGCGUGGGGAGAGAAUUUCAUUAUAUAAUCCCUUCUCUCUCCCUCCCCUUAAAUCUCUGUUUAUAAGAGAUGACAGGGGUCAUAGCAAAAUCCAGACCCCUUUAACUUUUUCCCCCCUCUCAUCUUCAUCCCUCUUCCAACCCCUAGUUCUAGCCACCAGCUUGGGACUUUGUACAAAUUCUUUUUUAAACAACAACAUGGCAAUGAGAGACAUUUUCCCCUUUUUCUCCAUCUAGCCCAGCAAACAGCCAAGGAGAGAUGGAUUCUAAAACAAUAUGAGCUUUGGGAAUUUGCCAGUGAGCCUCAUCACUCCUCAUAAUGGACAAUCUUGUAUAGUCUUGAUCUUUCACAUUUUGACAAAAGAGAGAAAGAAAGCAAAAUGGCUGCAGCUGCACUUAGCAAUUUCCUGUGACAAACUGGAUAUCCAGCAUUUCCUGCUGAGGGAAAUGGGAAUUGGGGGGUCAUAUUCUGUGUGAGUGUGUUGCAAGGGUCAAGGGAUAGAAGAGGGACUGAAGAACAGGAUUUUUUUUAUUUUUUUAUUUUUUUGCAAAGGGGGAAUAUCUGGCAUACUGUUGAAGAUGGAGAGAAUUUCAAAAACUCCAAGUGACUGGCUUUAUUUUGCUGGAGGUGGACUUUUCUGUCAUUUUUCUGACCAGCGUUUGGCUAAAGACGUAGUAGCCAGACCCCUUUGGGUUGAUGUUGUUGUUAAUAUAUAUAUUUUUUUUUACAAUGAAGUGACCAAUAAUUGUACCAAAAUGGGGCAUUUUGUUGACUGUCUUUGGGAGGGGUGGUUGGUUGUGGGGAUCAUAUGUGUCAUUAGCAUUUUUUUAAAAAUAUUUUAUAAACCAAGUAAGACAACCAUCUUUUUUUACAAGAAAACGUUCCCUCUUUGACAUUAACCUCUUUACGUGUCUUUUACCAAAUGCAAAAUUUAAGAUCUUGAGGAAAAAUGAUUUAUGUGAGACAAUGUAUAGGAGAAAUACAGAUGUAUGCUUUUUUCCAACAUGUCUUGAACACACUAAGCUGAAUUUUCAAUUCAACUCUGGACAGAAAUGUGAUGUCAGGAAAGGACCAGGCACACAAAUUCUCUCUUCCUGCCCCAACCUUAUGUUUUCUUUAGCAUGGCAUUUAAAUAUCUGUGGAAGUUCUGUAAAAUAGACUAUGAUUUAGGAGAAACUAGCUAAGCAUAUAAAUCACAAAUAACCAAUCCUAGCUUGGUUUUCUAAAUCAUAGGUGAAGUUAAUAAUAUUUUGUAUGUAGGCAUUGCAAUAAAACAAAGUUAAGUGAUAACAGAAGUGAAAGAUUCCAAUCUUGGAUUUCAUAGGUACAUCGAAUUUUUAAAAAAGGAUGGAGAUCAUGUAAGGUAAAUGUUUGAGAAUAAGAUCCUAAAUCAUCUACAAAUAGGCCAACAUAUUUGGGGGAAGGAAAAAAAAAGUUAUUACCUUCAAACUAGUUCCUUGUAACCUACUAUUUAUUGGACAGGUUAAUUUUUAAGAGAUAUUUUCUUUUCUAUUUUUUUUACCCUUUUUCCUUUUUUUAUUGAAAAAUGCCCUGAUUUUACAAGGCUUCUAUAUUUUUUAAGUUAUAAUCACAGCCAGUUAAGUAGGAUUUAGAACAAUUGGCGAUCUUAAUUUUCAGGUAUACCUGAUCCCAGGACUAUAGGAGGUAUGAUUGAACCCUUGCCUGGAAAGGAUUGAAACAAUAAAUUAGAUUUAAGACUUGUAUUUCACUCCUUAUUCACCACUCCCUUGGAAAAAAGAGACAUUUUCAAUACUGUCAGCUCUAGUGGCCAAACAAGGCAUGGGGGAGGAUAAAUUCUGUCUUCACUGAUAAAAGAACUAUAAGACACUC